AUGACAAAUGCGCUCGAAAUGCUGUACAUCGAGCGCUGUACUAACUCCGAGCGAAAGACUUUUAGAACUGCUCGGAAUGGGGUUUUGGGGAGGGUUUCAGGGGAAAUUCGAAAGGAAAUCGGGGCUAAAAUCCCAAAAAAAAACUCAUCUUUCAUCGCAUUUCUGCCAUAAAACAGUCAUUUUGAGCGCCGCAAAACCAAAGAAAUGAAAAAAAAUCGAUUUUUUUGGUUGGCGCGUCGAAAAAUUAGAAUUUCGCGGGCAGGUUUUGAAUUUUUUGUGUGUUGUGUGUCGAGACGCAGUUGCUGUUUGCAAUGUUCCUUUGAAUUGUACCGUACCACACAAACUUUUUUUCUUUUUUCACACACGUUUGAAAAAGAAGAAAAUUGUGCAAUUUUCAUCGCGCAGCCGACAAAAACGGUGCAACGCCUAGCGGUUUAAUUACCCCCACUUCAUCAAAAACAAAAAACAUAGCGAUAAUCAGCGUAUCGAGAUCUGUGCGAAUGACUUUAUUUGGAAUUUUUAGGGGUCCUGGGAAGAAAGUUAGCCUCCGCUGCGAAACCAAUUCAAAUUAAAAACACACGCGCCUUUGAAACCGUACCUCUUUUUUGCACAAGAAAAAAAUAAAGAGUGUGGCAAACGAGGAGAGUGCGAGAGAUGUGUGAGAACAAAAUGUGUGCAAACACCUGUCCGCAAACACCGUUGUCGCUGCUUACCACUCAGCAAAUCGUCGCGUACAUGAACGGUUUUAUCGGCGAAAAAUAGCUACCCCGCAGCUACACACCAGCUACACAAAUCAGAGAAGCAACGCGGUUGGCGUCGCGGCUACUUUUCUCAUUUUUGUUUUUGUUUUUCCAGGCCUAAAUUCUUGUGAAAAUCGGGCCAGCAAUGAACAUAAACAUAAUUUUCAACAUUUUUCUUCGUGUUUCAUGAAAAUUAUGUUGAAAUUUCUUUUGAACAUCUAUGAAUUCCCCUAUUUCUCAAGUCUGGAAAUUUUUCUUUCAUUCAGAAUUGUUCUAACUAUCUUUAAUUUCAGGUUUCCGAGAGCGUGAUCGUUGCAAAAUGGCUGCUAAAUGGUGAGGGAAUUUUCUUUUAAAAAAAACGACAUAUUUCCUACAAAAACAGCUUUCAGAAAACUUCAACAAGUUCAACAACGACUACGCUCCACAAAAUUCAGGUCAACAUCAAUCAGUAUUCAUCCACGCGAAUCAAAAGGUGAGUCAAUAACCGAAAAAGAAACGGGAUAACAAAAUAUGACUUGGGAAAUGUUAUCAAGUUUAGCUAUUUUUGAAGAUAAAUAUAAAGUUGUUUCUACUCUGAAAAUCAUGAAAAUUCAUCUCAAUUUUACAGAAUAUGCUCUCCUAUGCUCAGUCGCCUGCACUCGAUGGAAAUCUCGACAUAAACGACAGGAAAAGCAGCUUCUUGGUGAGGGAAACAAGACAAUCCGCAACAUCUACCCAAUUUUCAACUCCUAAAAAAAAAAGGUAAAGGUAGAUCCGUAUUCGAGCGCCUAUUAGGACACUGCGGAUCAGACGAUUCGGACACGGAGUACGGGUGGUGUACGUCUAUAGGCCAUUUUGGGGAAUUUAAGUCACCCUGUUGCCGCAGGGGACCGAUUUACCUUGCGUAGCGAACUACUACCCACUUACGACUGGGUGGAUCGAGGAGGAGCGGGCACCGGGGAUCGAACCCGUGACCCUGAGAUCGCCAGCAGCCAACCACUACCACUGAGCUACCUCACCCCCUUUUCAACUCACCCCCUUUUUUGCAGCCUCACCCCCUUUUUUGCAGCUUCUUGGUGAGGGAAACAAGACAAUCCGCAACAUCUACAUAAUUUUCAACUCCUAAUUUAUAAUUUUGUUUGAAAUACUUUGUUUUUUUUCAUGUUUCACUUAUUCUGAUAAUAAAUUGUUGUUUUCAUUCAAAACGUGUUCAAAAAUCAUCUUUCAGUCCGCAAAAUCCGAAAAAAAACGCGAAACGAAAAAAAAAUCAAAAAAAAACGAUUUUGUGUAGCUGGUGUGUAGACGCGUGCGUAGCUUGUGUGUGGAAUGUGUGUAAAAUGAGUUAGACAGCACACAAGCUACACAAAUCCUUACCGUUCAUGUACGCAGCGAUUUGCUGAGCAUGACUCUUCAUUGCAUUUCGUUUUUUUUUCGAAUUUUCCAAAUUUUUAGUGAUUUCGGGAGAAAAAUGUCGUAUUUUUUGUGCAUCUUGGUAUACGGUAGACAAUUGUGCAAUUUUAUGUCACCGUGUACGCAACAAAAUGUCUGCGUCUCCUCGUUUUCAGCACUAUUUUUCGAGAAAAAUCAAAAGCAGCAAGCUCGCUCUAUUGCAAAACACACAAUUAAGUUGUUUACUUCUCUCGUAAGAUUUUUCACAAAAAAUUCAUGUUUUUGCACCUCGGAGGGCUUUUUUCUAUACGCUGUGCAAUUUUUCGUGUGGUGUCUGCACAUAAUGUCGGCGUCUCCUCAUUUUCAGCGCUAUUUUUCGAGAUUUUCCCUCCAAAAAAAUUCACAAAGCAGCAAGCGCGCUCUAUUGCAAAACACACAACAAUGUUUGUGUACUUCUCUCGGAGGAGUUUUCUUUUUUUUUCAUUUUUUUUCAUUUUCGAGCGUCUGAGGCAUUUUUACAGAUAUGAAACAUCCGCACACCGGUCUUCGCUUCUGCUGUUAUUGUCACGCGCGGAAACCCGGCGGAGAAAUGUCGAACAUCACUCGAAACCCCGAAAAACUGCAAAAAUGGCGCAAGAUUCUAGGCGAAAAUUUCUAUCGAAACACUUUUCGCUACACAGCACCGCAUAUUUGUCGAUCACAUUUCGAGUAUAAAGGUCCCGGGUUGCGGACGCGGGGAGCUUUUCCGAUUGCGAUGCAUGAGGAGGCUUAUAAGAAGGUGAUGAGGGAAAUGGAAGAGCAUGCGGAAGGAAUUGGAGGAGAGGAAGAAGAUGUUGAAGAGGAAGAAGAAGAAGAGGUUCCAGAGGUUAUUUGAAAUUUUUGAAAAUUUGGGGAAAGUGCAGUGGGGCGAGCUUGCGAAUUUUGAAGUUUUUGCGAUGAGUUCCGUGUUUUUUUAUGCAUAGAAGUUGUUUUACACGUUUAAAGGUGCAUUUUUUGAAUUUUUCAAACAUUUUCUGAUUGUGCAAUGGAGCGAACUUGCAAAAUUUUGAUUUUUUCCAUGUUUUUAGCCUGUUUUCAAAUUCAACACGUAUAAUGAAGUGGAAUUUUUGAAUUUUUCAAACAUUUUCUGAUUGUUCAGUGGGGCGAACUUGCAAAAUUUUGAUUUUUACACGGGAAAUGUACAAAAAACCGAAUUUCUUUGGCUACAAAACAAUAUUGACUGGAAAUAUAACUACACUAUGGUCCAGUUUCCUUUUCGAUCAAACUAGACUAUAGUGUAGUGUAGUGGGGCGAAAUUGUAAAAUGUUGUGUACUUCUCUCGGAGGACUUUUUUUUCAAAAAUUUCACCAAAAACGUGGCUGCAAAACAAUAUUGACUAGAAAUAUAACUACAGUAUAGUCGGAAGGCAAACUAGACUAUAGUGUAGUGUAACGAAAAAGUUACACGGCUUGUUGUGCAAGCCUGGCACACUUUUUCACAAAAUAAAAAGUGUGCCAGGGUUGCAUUCUAAAUUCAAAUAUUUCUGGUUCACGCACUAUUUUAAGCUACGGUAUCUCGCAAAAUACGCAAACACCUUGUGCGUACACUCGAAUUAUAUUCAAAUUAGUUGCCACGUGUCAACGUGUACUGUACCUAAUCGUUUCAAGACCCUAAAAAGAAACUUCCCCACUCAUUUUUUCGUUCAAAAAUCCCCCCGAUUUCUGCUCUGCUCUUUCGAUAUUCAAGCAAAGUACAUAGAUUUUUGCUCUCUCUCUCUUACUCACAACUAGACUCUAGUUGUUUUAUUCCCUAUUUUUAACCAAAUACAUAUAUUAUGCUUCUUGAUGUAGUUCUCUGCGCUUUAUGUAUUAUGAAGUGCGAAAAUAGUAAUUAUGUGUUUUUCUUUUGAGGAAACUAGAGUCUAGUUGGGAAAAGUGCGCCUUUUUGUUUAAUUAAAUGCACUUUUAUUGAUUUUUGGGAAGAGGGGUAUCUUACCCCGGGUAAGAUUCCGUGAACACCGCGACGCACAAAUGCACACAUUUGCCUACCGUAAUCUUUCCAGCCCUCCGAAUCCGAUCAAUCAAUAUGCUGUUGUUAUUGUGGAAACGAAGAUACCCUUCAAAAUAUGACAAAUGUCCCGCAAGUCCCCGCGAAAUUCAAAAUUUGGGUCAAUAUUUUGGGCCGGCAAUUCUAUCAAAAUACACGGGGCUUGAAGAAGGCCUAUAUUUGUCGAGCGCAUUUUCCGGGACUUGGUGUCAAUGAUUAUCGAGCGCCGAAUGCGAUUCCGAUGGCGAUGAAGAAUGGGCAGAAUUUGAGAAUUGAGAUGGUUGAGAGCAGGGAGGAGGAUGUGAUGGUACGGAGGAGAAUUUAUUGAUUUUUGAGGGGGCUAGGUUCUCAAUGGGAAAUAUACCGUUUUGUACAGUUUUCCACGCAAAUUUUCGAAAAAUCGCUUUUCUGGAAGCCUAGAAUUCAUGUUAGAAUAACUUCUAUCAAAAAUUGAAUACAUGACGUUGUUCAGGACCUUUAGUCGAUAUUUAGCCCUAAAUCACUUAUGAGUUACCCAAAGUCAUCAAAAUUUCUAUGAUUCUGUUCGUCUUAGACCGUUCUAUCAUAUAAAUAACAUUAGAACCCAAUAUUUCAACUCAUUCGCUCAAAAAACAUGAAAAUGUCAUUUAGUCGAUGUUCAACUUUUAAAUCGACCCUUCUGAACAACAUCCUGUAUUCAACUGUUGAUAAAAAUUGUUCUAACAUGAAUCCUAGGCUUCCAGAAAAGCGAUUUUUCGAAAAUUUGGCUCAUUAUUGUGCUCUUCGGGGAAUUUUUCAGCAAAACUGAACGUGGGAGCUUUCCCAGCGUGAAAAACUGGCCUAUUUCUCAGGGAAAAUCUCAAUUUUCAGCCUGAAGUCGAGCCCGAAGAUCUACCAACAACAUCUUCAUCUUCAAAUUUUCAAGAUCUCGACCCGAAUAUGAUUCAAUGUUCUCUCGAAUUCAUUAUCCCCUAUGUUACACGAUGUUUUGAGUGUAAAUGUACCGCUGAAUUUUUGGUGACAAGGGUGGAUUUUGGGGCGAUGGUGAGGUUUUUUUUGUUUUUUCGUGCAAAAAACUGGAAAAUUUUUAUAAUUUGCAGAUAGAAUGUAAUUGCAAAUCGUGUCGAAAUACGUGGAUAUGGAAAUCAAGCGAGAAAAUUGGUCAGGUUAGGAUUUUUGAAUCAAAUUUUGAAUUUAAUUUAAAAUUUUUUAAGGUCGAAGAAGAGAAACCGGAGCAAAAACCCGAAAAAUUGCAGGAAAAACAGAAAAAAUUCCUUUUGACAACAGUGCGCGAAUAA